UCAACAUCAAAACUCAAGUGAAUAUAUGGCAACCCACAAGAAUGAUGAAACGGCCAAGAAAACCAACAACAGAGGAGCAUGGACUUCAGAGGAAGAUCAGAAACUUGCGCAAUGCAUUGAAAUUCACGGUGCUAAGAGGUGGAAAACUGUUGCAAUUAAAUCAGGUUUAAACAGAUGUGGAAAAAGUUGCAGGCUGAGGUGGUUGAACUAUCUUAGACCCAACAUCAAGAGGGGCAACAUAUCAGUUGAAGAAGAGGAUUUGAUUAUUAGGCUUCACAAACUACUGGGAAACAGGUGGUCUUUGAUAGCUAAGAGGCUUCCAGGACGAACAGACAAUGAAAUAAAGAACUACUGGAAUACUUGUUUGUGCAAAAAAGUUAAUCACACAAAGGUGAAAGCAGAAACUUCAAUGGCACAACCAACACAUUCGACUCAGAAUAAUACUGAGGAAAGAGCAGUGGUAGAGAAUAAAGAGGCCAAUGAUGGGAGUGGGGACUCGGAAGUUAACUUUGAUGUGAAUGAAUUCUUCAACUUCUCCAUGGAAGGACUCUAUGCGUUGGAUUGGAUGAUAUCUAGCUAGAACUUGAUGAUGUGUUAAUCAAUUUAUGUGAGCUUGUGUUAGUUAAGUACUUGUUAUUAUGUGAUCAUAUAUAUAACUAGUGGAGUCCUAGCAAUAUAUGUGUGAGUUCCAUUAAAUAAUUUGAACUCUCAUCAUUGUAUUUAGUGGAACUUACAUAAUCUGUCAAACAAUAAUGUGUUAAUGAGAGUACUGAAUAAAAUGUGUUAGUAGUCUUAAUU